CAAAACGCUAAAAAAGUGAUGAUGUAUGUAUGUAUGCGUGCUGCUUGUUCACAUACAUACGUUGAUAAUGGAAUGAAUAUAUGAAUUUCUAUUCAGGAGGUCUGUUCUCUCUGAAUUACAAAUGAAUAUUACCGGGGAAGUCUACGUGGCCGUUCUUCUUUACCACCAUCAUUCCAUCUCAACUCUCACAACAAAAGGAUGGAUUUCUCAGACGGAAACAAAAGCGAAGCCGUUGGCAGACUCGCAACUAGAUUACUAGCCCGUGAUCCGGUAGAAUUCAAUUCAGCAAUCAAUAGCACAUUCACACCAGAUGUAACUUAUCGCGGUCAUGGAUUAGAGAUCAGAGGAGCGACAAAUUUAAAGCAUGCAGCUUGGUUUUGGAACAAGAUCGAUUCCGGAAAGCCGGCAACAUUCACACUGAAGGACAUUCAAUGGGAUGAACAAAAACAGUCUGCUCAAAUUCAAACCGUUCGUUUUGUUCGUCCAACGUUAUUCCCUUUCUUUGGUUUUGCAGUGCAAGUUCCGGUUGAAUUACAACUUACCUCCACAGGCGGAAAAGCAUACGUUUCUAGAUUUGAGGAAAAAUGGUUUGUCGAACGUAUUUUAUCAUAUGCUUCAGUCGUUCAGGCCAUUCACGAAGCUUUAGUUAAGAACAUCUGGACCCUUUUCGUUUUAACUCUUUCCAAUUUGACUUUUGCCGCUUUUGCUAAAGUACAUUCAAUCGAUGCCGUCGAUCGUGCCAAGAAAUCUUUACCCUCCGAUGUCGUAGAUGGAAUCAACUCCGGCUUCACUCAAGGAUCAGAGAUCGCACAAGGAUACGGUCAGACUGUUGUCAAUCUUGCACAUUCAAUCGCUUACCCUUUCAUUCGUCUUUCGGAAUCAUUCGCUCAAGCUGGUACUUUGGCCGUCAAUCGUGUAGCACCGUUCCCUUUGCCUUAUCCUUACGUAUACGAUGUUCAUGCACUGCCACCAAAUGUAGCAGCACCAACAAUCAGUGAAACAGAAGCAGCACCUAUAGAGGAAAAGAGUGGCAGCUCUCUUCCUUCGCAAGAUGAUGCACCUCAAUCUGAGUCGACAGCGAGUGUGAUUGUUGCACCUUCAAUUGACGGAGAAGACCAAGGAAAGACUGUUUCGAUUGAAUCUCGUAUCUCAACAGACGCAAAGGAUAAAGCAGCAAAAGCAACAAACGGCACAAAUGGAAGUUCGUUGUAUGAUCAAUUACGCAAAGAAGGAGAAGAUCCGAUUGCCGAAGCAGCAAAAUUAGAAGCAAAAAUUGAACAAAACGGUACACAUACCGCACAUUCAAGCGGUGAUGAUGAAGGCGUAAAGGAAAGUCAACAUGCAAACGGUAACGGAGGAGGAAAGAAGAAAAAGAACAAGAAAAAGAAGAACACCAGUCCAAACGGAUCUCAUCAAUCUGCUCCAACGUUUAAGGAAGGCUUAGCACAGACAGAAGCAAAAUAAGCAUGCUUACAUGCUAACUUGUAUCGAAUCUUAUGUACUCUUAACCUUUCUAUCAUCUCGGUCAACCUCUUUUUUCUUUCUUCAUCAAGUUAGACUCAUGUAUUUCGACUAAUACCACAUCUUAAUCACCUCCUGGCUCGAAUACACAUUGAUUUUCCUACUCCUUCUCCGAACGUAUCUCCAGCAUUCUUAAUUCUGUAAGCCAGUGGCUUGGCAUUCCGGCCGAGUAACAGGAAUGGGCGCGCUCAUUCCCAUGGACUUUGAAAUUCGUGCUUUAAAAACGGCUUGAGUGGGAAUUGACUGGGCUACAGUAUGAAAGGUACACGAUUGUAGUUGCAUGAAUUUCUUCUGAU